CAUCUGGUAAAUUUGUGAAGAUAAAGUAUAUUGAUACUGGAUACUCCAUUGUGGUCACUUGCUCCUUCCCUCACUCUCUCACUGGAGCUCUCGUUAUAAAAUUGAGUGAGAAUCUUGAGUUAUUAAUAAAGAAUGGUCUAAUGAAGCUUACUGUUGGAUACUGCACAAUAUGGAAGAAACAAAAGAUACAAGAAAUACAGGAACCACUGGAAGAGGAGGUACUGGAGACAAAGGAACAACCUCAUGAUACAAAGGAAGAGAGAGUAGCAAGACUGGAGGAGAAAGAAACAGAAGGAGCAACACCUCAAUCAGUAAUUAAUCAAGGUAUACUAUCAACUGACACAAGUGUGACAAUAAUUAAUAAACAAUUAAUAAAAGAAAUAAAAACAAACAAGCAAUUAGAAGAAACACUAACAAAAAUGAGAGUAAAGGAAAUUAAACAACUUCUGUCAUUACCAAGAAAUACUAGUUCAGCAUCAUACAGAAUCAAAAGAGGAAUGAGAAUGGAAAUAGAACAAUUGCAAUUAUUAUUAACAAAUGAAACUGGUUUACUGGAUCAGAAUGAAUCAUUAAUAGAUAUUAAGAGAGAAAUAGCUGAACUACAAGAACAGAUAUCAUUUUUGAGUGUACAUAUACUAAGUAAAAAAGAAAAGAAUGAAGGAUUUAUUUAUAAAGUAAAAGUGAAUGAACCUACAAUGGAAUCUAUUUUCAUUGCUCAGCAUAGCUAUCAUGCCACAGGAACUAAGGAAUUAUCAUUUGAUAAGGGAGAAAAGCUGGAGAUAUAUCAACAGAAAUUUAAAACUAAAUUUUGGUGGAAAGGAAGAUCCUUGGUGUCUGGUAAUGAGGGACUAAUUCCUAGUAGUUGUGUUUACUCAAUGUUGGAGUCACUUCAAUUGUUAGAGUUUAUACUGUCAGUGGAAGAAGUGUCCCUUCCCAUUCUACAGAAGAUAAGGAAUGAUUCGUGUAGUCAUGAUGAGAAAGUUUCUCUUUUCUUGGAGACUAUUAAUGAUGAUCCUAUUAUAAUAUCUGCACUGAGACAAGACAAGGAACAACAUCAUAAAGGUGUUACUGGGAGUGUGUACUGGUACAGUGCCAGUGUAACCCUUUACUCUCCAUCUCCAGUUCAGUGUAAUGAAGUAAUUAGUAAUAUUAAUAAUAAUCAUAAGGAGGUUGUACUCUACUCCUCAUCUACUAAUAUUACAGUAUCUCUACUUUCAUCAGCGAAACUCCAUACACUAAACCUGAGGAGUCUUGAGAUAUGGUACACUCCAUUAACUAAUGAUUGUAUCCAGUACUUGUGUAUACUACUAACUAAUAAUAAAACAAUACAAGAACUAUUUAUUGAGUAUUCCAUUAGUGAUAGAGGAGUUACUAAUGUCUGUCAAGCACUUGAACACAACUCUACACUUACCUCAUUAGUUCUUUUUGGUAAUCCUCUCAUCACUUCUACUAGUGGUCAGGCUUUUUCUCACCUCCUCCUCAAUAACUCAUCACUAGUUGAACUGGAUCUAAGGUAUACUUCAUUGUCUACUGAAUCAAUACUACUCAUCCUCCAGUCACUAAUGGAUAAUAAGAAGAUAAGGACACUCAAGCUAGAUGAACGACACAAAGAGACUUGUAUUAAUACUUAUCCUAACUAUUACCUCAUACAAGACAGAGUAGUUUAAGACUAUCUCAGUAAUUUUCUGAACUUA